UCUGAGAUAUAUAACAUCGCUGUUCGUCAGCCUGUAUCUCUCUGUUAAAUGGGAGAAGAGGUAGACUACAAUUAAGAGCAUUAGCGGUCUUAUCUUACUGAAAUUGCAUCCUCUACAUCAACCCCCCCCUUCAAGAAAAGGGUCCCAUCUGUAAAAGCAUGAAAAUGCAUCCUCCUGGGUUACUGUUUUCUUUCUUAUCAGCAUGGUUCAUUUCCACAGUUCAAGGGCAGAGUCAGAAGUUAAAAUCCAUGCAUUGCAAUGUCAAGACGAUGUUCACCUUGGCUACACCUUGCACCUCCUGUGCUGUGGCCACCAAAGUGGUGUGUCCAAAAGGGUGGAUAAAGAUGACCCAAGCGCUAGGAGAGAGAGGCUGCAGAUACACAGUAAAUCUUGGAGAAGACACCCUUUCCCUACUAGGGUGCAGUCACAUGUGUAAGAAGGAAAUUGAGGAGAAAAAAUGCUGCCCGGGAUUCUGGGGUACUGAGUGCUAUGAAUGCCCUGGUGGACCUGAAAAGCCCUGCAGUGGCCAUGGGACCUGUUUGGAUGGUAUAACUCGGAAUGGAACCUGCACCUGUGAGGGGAGGUAUGGCGGCUUUGCCUGCCAAGAUUGUCUGGAUGAGAAUCUGUUUGGCCCUGACUGUCAAUCAGUGUGUGACUGUCAGCAUGGAGUGUGCAACCACGGGAUCUCUGGUGAUGGAAACUGUACCUGCCAUGGAGGUUACACUGGCCCGAAGUGCGAUCAAGAACUUCCCCUUUGCAGAGGUGUAGCCUGCGGGAACAAGGCCCAGUGUGUGCUGAUGAACGGGAUGGCGAUAUGUGACUGCAUGCCAGGCUAUAGAAAGAGUGGGAGCAUAUGCCAAGCUCAGGAUCCUUGUACUUCAUCACCGUGCUCCUCGUUAGCUGUCUGUAAGGCUCUCAGUCCAGAAAAAUAUGAAUGCACGUGCAAAGAUGGUUAUCAUGGAGAUGGGAAGAUAUGCCAACCCAUCAAUCCAUGCAUUAUCAAUAAUGGAGGCUGCCCUGAAAAUACCACCAUCUGUAUCUAUAAAGGUCCAGGAAAGUCGUCAUGUGUUUGUAAGCCUGGAAUGAGUGGCCUGAACCCUUCAGUGGGCUGCUCAUCUGUCAGUGAGUGUCAGCGGUACUUCUGUGACGUGAGUUCAAAAUGUAAAAUGAGUCCAGAUGGGACUGCCAGCUGUGUCUGCAAAGAUGGAGAGAUUGGAGAUGGGAGAAGUUGCUACAAAAAUCUCAUGAGUGAAAUCUCUCAGAUGAAUACUCGAGGAAGAUGGUACAAGAACUUAAACAGUGCAAACAAAAUGUUUGCUUCAGGGUGUUCUUUGGCACUGACAAAAUAUGGGCCUUUCACUGUCUUUGUGCCAAGCCGUCAACUGUAUAGUGAUAGAACUGACUUCAAUGACACAAUCGCCCAGCAUUUAUGCAAAAUGCAUAUAAUUCCUGGUCAGCAUUUGGUGGAAGAUAUGGUCAAGACCAAGACACUGUGGACGUUGUCUGGGCAUCAGCUGACGUUUAAUGAUCAGAUACAGUCCUACACCAAGAGCUUUAGGUAUCAAGACCUUCCAGGGGAAUUGUAUACUGUCAUCCAGUCAAACAUACCAGCAUCCAAUGGAAUUAUACAUAUUGUUAACACUCUAAGGAAAACAACCAGCUUUCGCAACCUUGGAAAUCCACAGAAAACCAUUGGGGAGAUCCUUGCUUCAAUGGAGAUCUUCAGUCGAUUUGAAACUAUCCUGGAGAACUGUGGCCUGCCUUCGAUACUGGAUGGACCAGGACCCUUCACUGUGUUUGUGCCAAGCAACAAUGGAGUGGAUAAGUUAAGAGAUGGGAGACUUAUUUAUCUUUUUACAGAGGGGAUAAAUAAGCUUCAGGAGCUUGUGAAACAUCACAUCUACACUGGAGCAGCGGUGACUGUAGAGAAGCUGAUAACAAUGCCACAGAUUAUAACCAUGGCAAACCAGAUACUUACCAUCAAUAUCACUGAGAAUGGGAGAAUUCUGUUGGAUGAUUCUGGGAUUCCUUUAAACAAGAGGGACAUUGUGGCAUCAAAUGGUAUCAUUCAUACCUUGGAUGGCAUCUUCAUUCCUCCUUCAAUAAUUCCCAUUCUGCCUCAGAGGUGCAAUGAAGAACAGCACAAAAUCAUAGCAGGCUCUUGUGUUGAUUGUGGGGCCCUGAACACCAGCGUUUGCCCUCCUCACAGCACAAAAAUGGCUCAGGAGAUCUAUCCAAGUGAAUGUGUCUACGUCCAUGAUCCAUUAGGCUUGAAUGUCCUGAAGAAGGGCUGUGCCCGGUACUGCAAUCAAACCAUUCUGAAACCUGGGUGUUGCAAAGGAUUCUUUGGUCCUGACUGCAUGCCAUGCCCUGGUGGAUUCUCCACUCCAUGCUAUGGCAGAGGGAAUUGUAGUGAUGGAAUGCAAGGGAACGGCAACUGUCUCUGCUUUGAGGGUUUCAAAGGAAUAGCCUGCCACAUCUGCUCAAACCCAAACAAGCAUGGGGAGAACUGUGAUGAAGAUUGCGGUUGCAUCCAUGGAAUUUGUGAUAACAGGCCGGGCAGCAAGGGAAAGUGCCAGUCCCGUUCAUGUAAGGAUGGCUAUACAGGAGAAUUCUGUGACAGGACUUCUCAGAACUGUGGCCCAACUGCAUCUCAGUAUUGUCACCGGAACGCAGUCUGCAGUCUCAACAACACAGCAAGGUGCAUCUGUACUGAUGGCUAUGAAGGGGAUGGAUUUUCCUGCCUGCCCAUUGAUCUUUGUAAGAAGCAGGAACGAGGAGGCUGUUCAGAAAAUGCCAUAUGUACCAGUACAGGCCCUGGUACUGCUACCUGUCAGUGUAACAAGGGCUGGACUGGGGAUGGAAAAGCCUGUGUUGCUAUAGAUAACUGUGUUCUGGAGACAAGAGGGGACUGCCACAUGAAUGCAGACUGCAGCUUUGUUGGACCUGGACAGAGCAAGUGUAUGUGCAAGCGUGGCUAUGCUGGUGAUGGCUAUAACUGUGAAUCCAUUAAUCCCUGCAAGCUGGACAAUGGUGGUUGCCAUGAUUUGGCUGUGUGCGAGCCUCUUGGAGGAGGGGAACGGUCCUGUGCUUGUGCUCCUGGUUACAUGGGAGAUGGACUUACAUGUUAUGGAGAUGUAUUAAAGGAGCUGGCCAGGAAUUCCCACUUUGCAGGCUUCUAUGAGUGGAUUAAGAAGUCUCUCUUCAGCAUCCCAGCAGGAGUCAAUGUCACUGUUUUGGUGCCCACAGAAGCCGCCAUCAAAAACCUGAGCCAGGCUGAAAAAGAUUUCUGGCUGAAGCCCUACACGCUGCCAUUUUUAGUCAGGUCCCAUUUUCUCCAAGGUUCCUUCACUAGUGAGCAGCUUAAAGAGCACAAGGGUGAGGAGUUACCUACUCUCAAUCCACGAACCAGAUGGGAGAUAACCAACAGCAGCGGCGCUAUAAUGAUUCAGAAUGCAGUCAUUGUAGUAGCUGACAUUCCUGCUAUUAACAGCACUAUUUAUAUCCUAAAUAAGGUUUUGUUACCACCUUUAGGAGAUAUCCCACCAAGUCGCCCCGGUCUGCAGCAACAACUCGAUAUGGUCCCCGCAUUUACUCUGUUUAAGGAGUUGUUACUGCAAUACCAGUUGAUUGGAAAUAUUGAGUCCUCUGAAAAAUAUACCAUUUUUGUCCCAGGAAACAAUUCAAUUGGGGAAUAUUGCCACUCUUCCAACAUUACCCAACUGGAUAAUGACACUGUGCAGUACCAUGUUGUACUUGGAGAGAAGCUCUCCUCUACAGACUUGAAAAAUGGAGUCCAUAAAAGCACAAUGUUAGGAGUCUCCUACUGGCUAAUGUUUUAUAAAAACAACAACCAGACAUUUGUAAACAGUGUCCGCUUAGACGGUAAAUUUUUCGAAACCAAGAAUGGGAUGUUGAUUGGGGUUUCUGGGGUUCUACAGAUUCAGAAAAAUCGUUGCACUGCCAAUACCACAGUGAUUCAGAAGUCGAGAUGCGCUAAGUGUGACAGGGGGAUAAAGUGUCCUUCCGGAUCGGUCCUGGCGGAAACUCCAGGAGAAGGGAAGAUGCCACAUUGUUUAUAUAAACUUGGAGUUUCAAAAGUAGUUGGUUGUUAUUUCACCUGUGUUAAAGUUUCUUUAGUCUCUAUCUGCUGUCCAGGUUACUAUGGACAUAUGUGUGAGAUGUGCCCAGGGAAGCCAGGCAGCUCGUGUUCAGGGAAUGGAGUGUGCCAGGAUGGCAUUACUGGCAGCGGGGAGUGUCGCUGUCAUGAAGGCUUCCACGGCACAGCCUGUGAGAUGUGUGAAGUGGGCAGAUAUGGAACAGGUUGUAAAUCAGUGUGUACUUGCAGAAAUGGAAUCUGUAAUGAUGGCUUGCACGGAGAUGGGAGCUGCAAAUGUUUCCAAGGUUGGGAGGGCAUCACCUGUGAAAGAAGAAUUGGGAUUGAUUUGUGUAACAACACUUGCCACCUGAUGGCCAAUUGCAUUAAUGGCUCUGUGGAUUCCCUGCCUAUUUGCUCCUGCUCUGCUGGAUACACUGGGAAUGGAACAUAUUGCUCAGAAAUAAAUCCAUGUGUGACUGAUAAUGGUGGUUGCUCCAUAUAUGCAACAUGUAUUAAUGUUUCUGCUGGAGAGAAUACCUGCACUUGUAAGGAAGGCUAUGCUGGAGACGGGACUCUGUGCCAGGAAAUAGAUGGCUGUCUAGAGCGCAAUGGGAAUUGCCACAGCUAUGCAGAGUGCACUAAAACAGGCCCAAAUCUGGUUGCUUGUAACUGUCUUCCUGGCUACAGUGGAGAUGGUGUGCAACAAUGUGUCCCCAUCAAUCUUUGCAGUGAGAAUAAUGGAGGCUGUAGUCAAUUUGGUUUCUGCAAGUACACUGGACCUGGAACUCGAAACUGCUCCUGUGGUUGGGGCCAAGUUGGAGAUGGGUUCACUUGCAGAGGCAGCGUGUAUCAGGAGCUCCUGAGAAGCAAAGCAGCAUCCGAGUUCUUUAAGCAGAUACUGGCCUUCAAAAUCAAGGAGUUAAGUGGAGAGGGGCCUUUCACCAUCUUUGUUCCACAUGCGGAUUCAAUACAAAACAGUACAACGUUCAGUGAAUGGACGAACAAAAGCCUCAUCAAAGAUUUGCUUCGCUAUCACAUAGUGAGUUGUCAGAAACUGCUGGCCAGCGAACUGGAGACACACAAGUCCAUCACGGCUUUGUCAGGACACAGAAUAAGGAUUGUGGUGAAAGAGAAUAGCGUGCAUCUAAAUGAGGAGGCAACGAUCAUCACCAGUGACAUUGUUGGCAAGAAUGGGGUGAUCCAUAUCAUUGACAAGAUUUUAAUCCCAGCAGAUUUGCAGAGUGAGAACAUUUCUUCCCAUUUAGCACAGCAAAGCAUCACUGAGGUGGCAGAAGCAUAUGGCUACAAAAUCUACAGCAAACUACUGAGGGUAAAUGGUUUGAAUUCUCUAGGAAGACUGUCUAGUUCUGGGCUAUGUGGAUCCUUCAUGCAGACACUGUAUGUAUUUGUUGUUUCCAUGUUGUCUUGUGUCUCUGGACAGGAAGCAGAACUGCUAUCUCUGGUUAACAACUCUGCUCACAGACCCUUCACCAUGCUGUGGCCUACUGAUGCUGUAUUUAAUGCCCUGCCUAAGAAGAUGCAAUCGUGGUUGUACAAUAAAGACCACAGGGACAAGCUGGCAGCCUAUCUCAAAAUGCACAUGAUUAGGGAUACGAAGGUUGUAGCUGGUAACCUGCCACACAUUGCUUCUGUAAGGACCAUGCAUGGAUCCACCAUCUCAUUCAGCUGCAGCAAGAGCAAUGUCGGAGAGCUCUUGGUGGACAAUGGCAAUGCUAAGAUUGUCCAGAGGCACAUGGAGUUUGAUGGGGGCAUUGCCUAUGGCAUUGAUCAGCUGUUGGAGCCCCCAAACCUGGGAUCCCGCUGUGAUGAUUUCCUCUCUGUUGAGCUUAGGGGUUCAGUUGAGAGCUGUGGUGUUUGUGGUUUUGAGCCUUCCUGUCCCGCUGGAUCAGUUGAACGGGGCAAAAGCCAGUCUUGCUUUUAUUACUUGAAUCCAUUUUCCAGGCUCUCUCUUUUUUCACGCCGCAACUAUCUGUUAUCAAGACCUCAUUGGUACUCGUCAGUGUCUGAUAGCGACGGUCGCAGGUAUUCUCUUCGGAGAUCCCUGACAAAAGGGUGCAAGAGAGUCUGUUUCUCCACCAGCUGGGUACCGCAGUGCUGUGCAAACCAUUAUGGAAGGGACUGUCAUGUCUGCCCAGGAGGGCUGGAGGCUCCCUGCAGUAACCGUGGUACUUGUGAUGAUAGGAUCAAUGGGUCAGGACGAUGCAACUGCACCGAGGCUUUCAUUGGGACAGCUUGUGAACUGUGCGCGCCAGGCAGAUACGGGCCGGACUGCCAAGAGUGUAAGUGCACAGAGAAUGGGAUGUGUAAUGAAGGACUGAAUGGGGAUGGAAUCUGUUUCUGCACUGAGGAAUGGACAGGAGAGCGCUGCGAAACCAAACUAGCUGCAACACCGGUGUGUUCCCCAGCUUGCCACCCCAAUGCCUCCUGCCGAGCUGAGAAUAUCUGUGAAUGCAACUUACAUUAUGAAGGAGAUGGCAGAACUUGCACAGUGAUUGAUCAGUGCCGGGAUGACAACGGAGGGUGCAGUGAGCAUGCCAACUGCACUCAGGUGGGUGUUCACCUCUCUUGUACCUGCCUUCCGGAUUACCAAGGAGAUGGCUACGUCUGCAGCCCCAUAGACAGGUGUGCGGAUGGCAGGAAUGGAGACUGCAGCGAGCACGCCUUGUGCAUCAGCACUGGGCCAAAUGCUCGGAAGUGUGAGUGCAAAGCAGGUUAUGUUGGCAAUGGAAUCCAGUGCCUGGAGGAAGCUGUGCCACCCACCAAUCGCUGCCUGGAAGAGAAUGGGUACUGCCACCCCGAGGCCAUUUGCACUGAUCUGCACUUUCAGGACAAAACCAUUGGUGUGUUCCACCUCCAGUCACCAAGAGGGAAAUACACCUUCACCUACGUGGAGGCUGAGGCUGCCUGCAUGGCCGAAGAUGCUGCUUUGGCCACUCUCCAGCAGCUCUCAGCAGCUCAGCAGAUGGGUUUCCAUCUGUGCUUAGUUGGUUGGCUCAGUAAUGGUACCGCAGGAUACCCGACCGUGUACCCGACUGCCAGCUGUGGCUCCAACCACGUUGGCAUUGUGGAUUAUGGCUCCCGAAAAAACCUGACUGAGAGGUGGGAUGCUUUCUGCUACAGAGCUAAAGAUGUGAGGUGUAAUUGUAGAGAUGGUUUCAUUGGAGAUGGCUACUCCUGCAGUGGAAAUCUCCUGGCUGUGCUGGCUGAGCACUCCAACUUUUCAACCUUCUAUUCCAUGUUACUGGAUUACACCAACACCACGCAAGAUGGACUUGAGUUCCUCAACUUCCUCUCCAAUGACACCGCAUAUAAAACUCUCUUUGUACCCUUGAAUUCUGGCUUUGGGGUCAAUAUGACAUUAACAUGGGAGGAAGUGAAGCUCCAUGUCUCCCUGAGUGAUGUCUCCCUCUUGAGCUUCAAUCUCACCAACGGUACCGUUAUACCUUCCUGCUCUGGCUACAAUCUUCUCAUUGCAGAUGCUCCCCUGCUGAAUAGCACUCAACCCCCUGGUUCCAAAGUGGUUAAUAAUACUCUGAUCGUACAGUGGGACAUUCUGACCUUCAAUGGAAUCAUUCAUGCCAUCGAGGAGCCACUUAGGAUGCCUGUGCAUCUGGCUCAGGUUACUAAUGCUAUGGAAUCAUCUCAUCCUGUGACCACUGGGGUAACAUCAGCUGUUGGUGUAGUGCUGCUGCUAUUAGCUGUUGCUGGAGUGUCCUAUUACUACCAAAAAAUAAAAAACCCAGGAUUCCAGUUCCACUACUUUCAGGCUGACCUGGAAGAGGAAGAGCAGGCCAGGAACCCGCCCUUAGUGUCAUUCCCAAACCCUAUCUUUGGGGACCAGAGUUUGAUGUGUGACCCAUUUGAGGACUCUUUCAGGGGGGAAGAUUUUUCAGACACCCACAGAAUUCUUGAGUAAAGCAUACACCAAGCCAAACAGAAGGGGGAAAAAACCACUGUCGUCGUCUUGCUGCAUGCUAGUGCUAAGUGGAGCUUGCCCACAGGUCCUGCACGUGGUAAGCAGAUGAAGAGUGAGCUACUGGUUAACAUUAAACCAAACAAACUCAUCAGCUAAGAUACCUCAGUUGAACUACCCUAAGACAGAUGUACUUGCAGUUACUCUGAUUAGUGAAUGUCCUUGUUGAUGCAGUUAAGAAAAUCUUCACUGGAACAGCAAAUGUGUGACUCUAAGGUGACAGUUGGAGCUCUGCACUGAUAUUCUUCCAUAACUGUAGGAGGGGAAAUUCACUGCAGACAUCUGAAGAACAUUGCUUUAAAAUAACAGUACCAUGUGUAAAAUAUAGCCAGUACUACACAGUCACAAUCCUCCAGGAUUGAGUUACAUAUAUAAAAUAGAAUGUGGAUGGAGUGACACACAGCAUCUGAUAGCUGGAAAACAGUCUUGUCCGAAAACCUAAUGAUGCUAAGCCUUUAAAGUGGGGAGCAUGACAAACUGCUUUUUAUUCAACUGCUAUGUUUUGCUUUAAUCAAGUGAUGACUCCUCAAACAGGCUUAGACUGAAGUCUGUGCACAUUGCACUGUUUUGCGGUUCUUCAAUAAA